AUGUCAUCGAAUCACACCAACUUCGAUGCGGCAGCUACCGACCGCAAAGCCCGCCUUGCCAAAUUGGCAGCGCUCAAGCGCAAGCAACCCGACCAAGACCCAGAUGAAGCCGGCGACGAAGAUGAGGAGCUUCCCGAUGCUGAAGCAACACCAGAUGUGACUUCAAAGUUCUUGUCCGGCCGCAAUUACGACGCCGAAGCCCGCGGGCCAAAGUUGGGUUUCGAGCAUGGCCCACAGGAAGGCAAAGUGACUCUGGAGGAACAAGCUGCAGAGAUUGCACGAGUCGCCGCGGAGGAGAAUGUGCAAGAUUCAGACGACGAUGCGCCUAUCGAUUUACUUAAACUACAACCCAAAAAGCCGAAUUGGGAUUUGAAGCGAGAUCUGGCCGAGAAGCUUAAGGUGCUUGAUGUACGGACGGACAAUGCUAUCGCCCGCAUUGUUCGAAAGAGAGUGGAGGACGACAAGCGCGCUGCGAAGGAGCGAGGGGUCACGACCAAAGGAGAGGAACAGGGAGAAGAUGUGGGUAUUGAAGGCGAGACUCUUGUUCAAAGCAUUCACAUGCGGGAGCACGAAGAAAAGAGCGACGAAGAAACGAUUUGA